AAAGCUUGCCUGCCUUACAUAGAAGGAAUCUACCAGUUAGGUACAGAACCGAACGGAAGUUCCCUUCUCCUAGUACUAGCCUACUAGGUAAUAUCUUGAACUUCAUCCGACAUCAAUCGAACCAUUGUUCUUACGCAACACUACCAUUGAUAAUAUCGAAAACACUAUAUUUCCGAAGAGUCGAAGUAUUUAGAGAUCCAAGCAGAGGUAAUCAGUAUCACUUUCGGUAAUGGAUCUUUUUGGCGGUUCCAAACCCUGGUCGGCCCUUGACUGGACCUCAAGUGAUGAUAGAGUUCGAGGUGGAGCUUCACAAUCUUAUCUUGAAUGUUCUCCGCCUUCCUCUAUAGCUACAUUCAGGGGUACACUGGACAUUAAAACUCUGGGAGGUGCAGGUUUUGCAUCUCAAAGGACGACUGCAGAUCACACUUGGGAUCUCUCAGCGUACGACGGAAUUUUACUCGAUCUAGGAAAGAGUGAUCGAAAAAUGUACACCUUCAUCCUCAAAGAUGAAUUACUUCCAAAAAGUCCCGAUGGAAGAGAACAAAGUACGAUCAGUUGGGAGUUUGACUUCGAGGGCCCUGCAGAUCAUUCAUCGAUUUUUAUAAAGUGGACAGAUCUGAAACCUACUUAUAGGGGACGCGAAAAGAAAGAUGCCGUCCCUUUAGAUUUAAAUCACAUUAAACGAUUUAGUAUUAUGAUGCGAAGCUUUUUCGGAACCCAAGAAGGGGACUUUUCCCUGGAUAUCAUUUCGAUAUCCGCCGUAGAAGAUAAGGAGAAUAUCGAUACACCAUAUCGAGAUGAUCCCAGUGAGAAAGGCUACACAAAUUUAGAUUCUAGAAAGGGCGAAGAAACCCCGACAACGCGGCAGAGCUGGAUUGCCUGGUUCUUUGGGUGCAAUGUAUCAUAGGAAUUGACGGACCGGUACAUACGUGAUUGGCCUCCAUAGUGACUCCGGCGGCAAUCUCAUCGCGCCACGGUAUAUCCACCCCCGCUUCGAUCCUUGUUCACACGAGGUUCGUCUGAAACACCAUGUCAAUUCUGGUGAUUAGCCAAUCAACAUUGGAUACUACCGGAAGUCAAAUGCUUAUCCUAUCCGGUUUCUUCAUGCAAAUGCGAAGAAUGAUCCACUAUUCUUUACUGAGAAAGUCUGUUAAAGAUUCCUGGGCGGAAGUAUAACAGAACAUUCUGUGCCGUAUUUACAACUGCCACAAAACACCUGCGGUUGACAGUCGAUGAUUGAGACAUUGGCUACCUCGGACCGAAUUUAAUUUGAGCUAGCCAUGUUUACACAAGUACGAGGAACCCUCUCAUUCCUUCCGGAUGUACGGUACUACUCGAAAUAAGGCUUUCUCAAGAAAGGGCUUCAUCCAGCGGAAUUAUCCUGGAGUGUCACAUGUGUCUUUUCCAAAUUGCCAAGAUGUCAACGCUUUAAUCCCAUUCAUCGCAUUUGUUAAAUACAUAUAUAUGCUUCAUUGAACCACGUAACUACCAUGCUGCAGUGUAGUAUUCGUAUACACACUGCAAUAAGCACUACAUAAAUUUCAUCUGAUUGAAUUAUUACAUUGUGUGCGGCACAUUUGAUUUGAGAUCUUACGAAUUACUUGUUCAGUCGAAUGCUAUUCCUUCAACCUGUCAACCUUCCCAAUUCUGUUUACCGCGAUAUAGUUUCGAACCUGGUCACACUUAGGAGAAACCCUGUAUCCUCGUGCUCUACGCCGCAAUACCACCCACACCUACAGUUGACUCCAUUUUCCUGAUACGUCGACGAACCCUUCCUAAAAUCAUCCCUGACAGCUGAAGGUUCCACGUUUUCCCCUUGUCUAACAUCUCAUGAACACCCACACUUUUAUUUCUCAUUCUUGUUAUAUCCAUGCAUACUAUCCUACCGAGUACACUGUUUCUGCCCCAUAACGAUGAUUACUACGAUAUAUAGUAGCUCGUUUCGUUUCGUCUUGCGCCCUCAGCUCCUUCGCGCGAUAUGUCUCAAUUGAAGAUAAUUCUCCACAAACGGCACGCACGGGUGAAGGUUAUCAAUCACUAGAGAAAUCCCAUAUCUGCCAGUUCAAAUGUACAACAUAUUGGCCCUGAAUCUUUUGUUUCGGGAUAUACGGCACAGCCCCCAAGAAAUAGGCCUUUGAAUUUAUUCUUGAUUAUAUGAAUUAUUUCGCGGUGAUGAUUUCAUACAGUUUUGUUUUCUUUUUCAGAGCAGGGCUGGUGGAGAGGAAGCGAGUCACUAGGCCCUGCUAAACA